GGGGAAGGGCGGCCCGCAGCGCUGGGCUCGGACCAGGCCGGGCACGCCGCCCCUCCCCAAGAUGGCGGCGGGCGGGCAGGCGCGAGCUGAGGCGGCGAAUGGGGCAGGCGGCGGGAGGAGCCGGCAGACUUCUUCACACAAAGCAGCUGGCAAACGGCCCUCCAAGAGGCUAAAAUGCGAAAGAAACAGUCGGGUGAAGUCAGGAUUGGAAGGCUGUAUGUGUGGGAUUGAGAACCCUCCUACACCUGAAGCGCCUGCUGAGGGCUCGCCUUCAAAAGGUACAGGAGAUCGCCAUGUAAUUCAACUGGAAAAAAGUGAAAGCAUCCCAGAGACUGGUGGAGAAAAACAGGAGAAGGAACAUGGUAUCUCUUCAAAGCCACCUGCAGGGAAAUCGAGUAGUGCUCCUUCAAAAACAGAGAGCAGUGAGAAUCUGCAAGAUUGUGCCUGCAGGGAGGAGGAGAGCAGCUGUGAGAGCUUGCUUUUGGAAGGGACCUGCUUGAAGGAUGAAGACGUCCCCAAGAAAUUAGCAGAACUAGAUAACAGUGCUUUCUUGGAUGAAGACAGUAACCAGCCGAUGCCAUUGGAUCGGUUCUUUGGAAACAUCGACUUUAUACAGGAUCAGCCAGCAGCUGUACUCCCGAGCACAACAAUGAGCAGGAGGGAAUACAGAAGGCUGCAUUUCAUCGCCAAGGAAGAUGAGGAGGAGGACGAGGAUGUUCUCUAGCAGCAAACUGUAAAACAGAGGAAACUUUUUUUUCUGUUCUCUUUGUCUUUCUACCAGUGUAAUGGUGGUUGGCUAUAUCACUAGCAUGAUGUGUCAGUGUUUGCAUUUUCUUAGAGAAUGGGUAGAGUCUGCUUCUACAGAGUUGUCAGGUACAGUAUUCCCCCCUAGUUUUCUGGGGCAGAGUUUGAAUUCUCAGAGAAUUGGACAUAAAUUGUGAUUUAUUAUGAAUCAGUAGUACUUACAGAAAAGCAAGGAAAAGAUCAGCUCCUAUUCUUACAAAUCUGAGCUCAUAUUUACAGCAAACACUGGGCCUAUUCUCACUUAUUUUUUAAAAAUUAUCAUCUUGGGACAGUUCUUUUAUUUCUGUGAUGUCUGCCAGUACAGCAUCUUGCUAGUAAUGCAGCCAGUUGACUUGCCCACUUCAAAGAGGGAUACCAGCCUCUGUUGUGCAAGUUGUCUUGCAUUGUUUACCUCUAAAAUGCAAUUCUGCUAGCAAAACUCAAUGCACAUAUAUGAUUAUGAAUUCAAUGUUUUUAAACUCCAGACAUUAAGUAGUUUUCUUAUUGCUCCUCUGUUCUCUGAACAACUAUGUGAAGUUCACAGCUUCCAUCUUCCACCAAUUCAGCUGUAAGCACUGCCCUUUUUAUUAAAGCUAUUGCUCUGUAA